AUGUUUUAUGCCCUUGCAGGGAUUCCACUAGGGCUAGUCAUGUUCCAAAGCAUUGGUGAACGGAUGAACACGUUUGCCGCAAGAUUAUUACGGUUCGCUAAAAAGGCCUCUGGUAGGGCUCCCGUUGUCAAUCAUAUAGACCUAAUUUUUGUGGCCUUUGGGCUUGGCACCUUUCUAAUGGCAUUUGGUGCGCUGGCAUUUUCGAGAUACGAAAAUUGGACGUAUUUCGAUUCGCUUUAUUACUGUUUCACUACUCUUACAACUAUAGGAUUUGGUGACUUUGUGGCGCUUCAAAAAGGAGGAGCACUUCAGAAUCAACCGGAUUAUGUUGUCUUUUCAUUAGUAUUCAUUUUAUUCGGUUUGACGGUAAUUUCUGCCGCUAUGAAUCUUCUAGUCUUACGGUUCCUAACAAUGAACACCGAAGAUGAACGGAGAGAUGAGCAGUAA